GCAUCAUAUAGUACAUAUACUCCAGGCCCGGGGGUCUGCUUUCUUAUAUACUUGAAUCAACUAUUUUUCUUAAGGAUAUCCAGUCCAACUCAGCAGUCAUGUUUACAAGCGCUAUCGCCCGUCCACUGCAGCUCGUCACUCGUGCCAUGCAGUGGAUUAGUGCUGUCAUCGUUAUGGGAAUAACCUCCUAUUUCAUCAGCAAAGGUCCCCGUGGUCAACAUAUCAUCUACCAAGAAGUCAUCGCCGUUAUGUCCGUCGCCUUCUUUUUGCCGGCUUUCGUCUCUCCUUUCUUGCCCAAGGCCCUAAGCAAGUUCGUCCUUGCCAUCGACAUCAUCUUCUCCUACUUAUGGUUGACUGCAUUCAUCUUCGCCGCCCAAGACUACAACUGGCACUCAUGCUUCGUCAACUCUCCCUUUGGUCUAAGCUGCUCCAAGAAAAAGGCCAACGAGGCAUUCAUGUUCCUGACCUUUAUUUUCACCUUCUUUGCCAUCUUCCUUGAGGUCGCCUCCCUCUGGGCCUACCGUCGGGAGAACGCCACCCCCGAUCCUCACCGUGAGAAGAACGGUGCCAGUCACCCCGCCCCUGCUGGUCGGGCGCCACUUGAUGCACCGGCUGAUCGCCCAGCUGACACCGUUUAAGCGUCGACUCGGUGUGCUUAAGCAUGCAGGGGGUGUUAUCGUUCUCCUGUCGUGCAUGAUGGCAGCUUACGAAGUACAAUAUAAUAUCCUAUCCAUUACCACGAGGACGGUUUGUGUAUGUGGGAUGGAAUGAAACGAUCUAUGAUCUUUUUUCGAUUCUUUUAUCCCAGCCAGUGGCUGGGUGAGGCCAUUUAUGGCUUCGUAUUUCUUGUUUAAUAUUACUUUAAUAUUCCUGCUUGCUUUGUCAUGUUAUAUACCAUUCUUUCUUUUACAUACUUAUCUGAAUCAUGAUACAUGGCUCAAAAUUUCCAUAAUUUUUACUUGAGG